GAACUGUUCUAGAAGUUAGUUAGGAGAACUUACCAAAUGGAAAUUCAGGGGAUACAUGAGCAGAAAUUUAGCUUAUCCUCUUUCCUGGUGAAAUAAUAGCCUAUGGUUUAACAGCUCAUUUUAGAAAUGGAAGAAAAUGGGAUGAGUUUUUUAUGUAGGAAUGAUAGCUCCAGCCUGCAGUGGAUGUUGGCAAUAAAAUACUUAUUGCCUUCUAGGCAAUACUAUUACUACUACUACUACUAAUGCUAUUACCCUUUCUGCAGCAAGGGUAAGGGGAUAACUGUUUGCAGACUGGUUUCAGGUGGAAGUUACAAGUUACUUGCCUUGCAAUAAGCACGAUGAGCAGUAGCACAGCAGGACAUAACAAAUGAUGUGCCUCGAUAUGAGCUUUAUCUCCUUUAUUUUCUUUUUAAAGUUGUUCUUGCAAUGAGAACCCUUCAAAUUGACUAGGCAUGGCCUGUAUGUUGCACUUAAACAUUCUUUUACUCUCAUUUCUUCAUUCUUGUAUCUACCCACUCUCAGCUUUUCUGCCCUUGCCCUUUCCAGUCCUUAGUCCUUGCUGCUCUUUGUGUCUGUCUCCCACUUGUCUCUGAGCCUCUGUUAAUGCCCCUCUGUAUACAGGGAACACUAUAGCAGCUGUCACCCUAUCUUUGCUUGCCAUCCACACCGUCUGAAAACCCACUUCUUCCUGGAAUUCUCCUUGCCAGUUCUUCAAGCUGAUAAUCUCUCUGUUCCUCCUCUUCACUGAACAGCUAUCCUGUCGUGCUCUGUCUAGUGACUCUUCUUGAAAGGAGAGCUUCUCUGCUCUGUUUGUUACCUUAAAGAAUUUCUGUAUCAGUGGUUCCUUGUUUUGUACAGUGUGGAAGACAAUGCAAUGCUUUGAUCUGUGAAUGUAUCAGUAGAUUUAUACUUAUUUUUAAAUAGACUUAAGUAAAUGGCUAUCUGCCACAGCUAACAUUCGUUUCCUUGGAAUAAUGUACCAUAUGUUUUUGAGGGUUUUAAGCAGAGAUACUUGGCAUUUAAGUUCCAUGCUGACGGAUACUGCAAUGUGCUGGAACAAGCUGUAGGACCGCUAUACUUGAUCUUUGUGCCCUGACACUUCUUGCUUUCUGUUUCCUACCACUAUUUCACAGCACAUUUUUCAGAAGAGUCUGACUCCUAAUCCUAAAGGAUCUGGCAGGGGUUCAGAUUUGAAAAUGUGAGGUUUUUUAUUUUUGGGAUGUGUUUGUGUCAUUAAGAAUGGCAGUCAGCAAAUGACAUAAUCGGAACUUGAAAAGCUGAGAUAAUGAAGCCGUAUGCUGCAGCAAUGAGGUGUCACUUCUUAAUGUGGGGUUCAUCCAUUGCUCCAACUGAUGUACCUGGGUCUGACAUCGUCCCAGCAGCACCUCUUGAAUUCACCUUGCACAGUUUGCAUUGCAUCUGGUCAGCCUUGGUUGUGUUAUUGGUGCGAGGUGAAGGUGGAUGUGCUUUCAGAGUGGCAAUAAGAGUAAGAUUGCUCUCAAGGAAAAGCAGCAAAGUGGAUCUUGCCAUUUUGCCCCCAAAAAACAGAUGCGGUUUUACAAAAGGACAUGUAUCAACCGACUGCUGACAGUUAAAAGGAUGAAACCUUUAGAAAUGAGAAGUCCUUUUAUGUGUGGUUGUUAAUAGUUUAAAAUACAAGAAUUACAGGAAUUAAAACUAAAGAAAUAAAAAGAAAUCCCUCUCACGUGUUUCCUUCCCCUUUUUAAUUUUUUUUUUUCCCUCUCUCCCCCUCCUUCUUCCCUCUUCAUUUGCUUGGAGGCUUGAAUCGGUGCAACUAGAUGUAUUUUCAUGUAAUGCUACAGAACUUAGGUAGAUGAUACUAAAUGCAAAUAUUUAGGACAAGAAGAUAAUCUUUGUCCUUGUCUUUCCAUUGUGGCUGUUGAGGGUGAGCCUUUGGAUCACUCAUGUCUGGAGCUGCCUGGAAGUCUGCCUGUUUGGGCUGCUUCUGCUGUUCUUUGCGGGGCUGUAUGAAGGCAUGUGCGUUAUGUUUUGGAGUAGGUGUGUUUGUGUGUUUUGGGUUUUUUUUGUUGUUGUUUGUCUUUCAGUCCAGUUAAAUGUUAGGUUUUGAUUUAACAACUUUGUGUACUGACACAACUGUGCCUCGGGGGGAACCACAUUGAGACAGGUGCCUUCAGUAGCAAAAGCCUAGCACGUUAGCACGCCAUUCUCCUCUGAUUCUUGUUUAUCAAGAUUUUUUUCCUUUCUUGAACAAAAAUGCGUGAAAGUAAUAGGCAGCCUAAGAUUUCAUUCAGUUAAUUGUUGUUAACAUACGUAGGGCAAAAAGAAUAAGGCAGAAUGACAGGUGUUUCCCGUAACCAGUAUACCACACAGAUCCUGCUGUCAUCAGCUAGCAAGGACAAUUUAAAUUAUUUUUCUCUGUCUUAAAGGUACAAAAAUAAAUGAAAAUUGAACCAUGACGAAGGAAUAAUACUUUCUCAUUACUAUUAUCAUGGGCUCCACUUGUUUUUUUUCAUGUCUGUCUGUAAGAUAACUGUAGUAAAAACUAGCAAAGAGCAAGUGCUAACGUUAGGACUGCUUUUAGACAGUUUGGCAGGAAACACCAUUUCCUGUUCUGUUUGAUGUUCUGUUGACUUUCUCAGAGAUAUUAACCCAUCUGGGGCUUCAACAUUUGUUGCUACAGUGUGAUAGACAAUGUCAAUAACAGCCAAAUUUAAAUAUCUUUGUUGCUUUAAAUAAAUUGAGCAGAUUCUGGUUAAAAAAAAUAGAGAGUUCCCUGUUAAUUCUUUUGAUCACAGUGUAAUGUCUUCAGAUCUGCACAGUUGAGUUGGAAAGUGGGAUUAGAUAUACCUUCAAAGCAUGGACCCAUAUUGGUGUGGUUUGCUCUUCUGGGUCAGGUUAGAGCUUCCAGAAGUUGUGUGUCACAGGCAGAUGUUGGGUUCCUCAGCACUCCUAAACAAAUAAUAAUUGUGGAGUCAUUUGAUGAUGUGCUUCCCAGAUCAGCAGAUAAUUCUACAUGGGGAGCAGGAUGGUGGAUCCAUCUUCUCCAUUCCUUCCUUCAGAUUAAUUUUGCCUUUGUCUCCUGAAACCCCAAGCAAGUGCUAUCUGCAGUCCAAGGGUAGCAGCAAUUCCAAGAUAGAGGUGAACCUCCCUUGACCUUUCACUGCAGCUGUUUCUCUUGGCUGACAGCCGUGUGAAUACUGGCUCAGCAGGAUGUCUUCACUUACUUAGGGCAGUACCUCCUGCUAGGGUGCAGCCAUCUUUUAUGGCUGGCAUUCAGGCUUGUGGUUUUUUCAAAUCAGAUGCUGAUACAUGAGAUUUGAAAGUGAGAGGGUGUGCUGCUUCACAGAGUGGUGGGGUCGGCUGAUAAGCUUGUGCUGGGUGGCGUACAUGUUCUCAAGGUGUCUCACUUGAAAUGCUGUGGCUUCCGUUUCCCCGUGCUUAUAUAUGCCACUGACAAUCUGCCCCAGUGCUCUCCUUUGUAAAUUGUUGACUUGAUCUUUUGUGAAUCAUAGAAUCAUUUUGGUUAGAAGAGACCUUCAAGAUAACUGAGUCCAACCAUAACCUAAAUCUAGAACUAAACCAUGUCCCUAAGAACCUCAUCUGUAAAUCUUUUAAAUACCUUCAGGAAUGAUGGGUCAACCAUUUCCCUGCGCAGCCUGUUCUAGUGCUUCACAACCCUUUCUGUGAAUAAAUCUUUUGUGAAGAGUAGUCAUAUUGAAUUUAGCAUUACUACAUCAAGAAUAAGACAUUGAUACUGAGAGUGAGUAAUGUAACCAAGUCCGCCCUUAUGCCUUACAGCGUGUGUUUAGUUGUGUGUGUGUAUGUCUCUGUUUAGAUGUAAUUGUUCCUAAUUUGCUGAGGUGCUUGACAAAAGCGUAAAUGACACCAAGGUGAGAGCUCUUCUGUUGGCUGCAACUCUGUGUUAACAUGAAAUUAUUGUAACUUUACACAUAAAGUGAUAAAUGAUUGCUAACUUCUGACUUGAAUCUGACUAGAGCAAUAACUAUAUGUUGGGGUAAAGUUCACCAGAAAUGGAGAGUUGCUAUCUCUGUAGCUUAAUUUCUACCAGAAUUUUAAGAGAAAGUUAAGAAUAUUUUUUCUUAGUGUGAAAAAGGGAUGUUUAAAGGGAAUCUGCAUGUAUCUGUCGUAUUCACUUGGAUAUGGCAUACUCUAAUGAAAGCUUUGGCAGCGUAGACAACCAGAGUGUUUACUUCCUUAAAAAACAACAAUAAAACAAUUUUUAGGGUUGACGUUCCAGCGUGUAGUCUGUAACAUUUAAAUUAUUUACUUAUGCAUUUGCACUUUUUCAGCUGGAGUUACUUAAGAUCAUAAGCCUGUUGAAUACUCAGCUGCCAGCAGAAGAAUGAGAGGGUGGUCCAGGAAGUUGGUCAUCUAUUUAAAAAUCUAAUUGCAUGUUCAGCACAAUUAGAGAAUUGAUUGCUUCCCUGAAAUAAAUCAAUACAUUUGUAAGUGUAAAUACCACUUCUUGAAAAGCAUUAUCUAGCUGUUUUGUUCUUUAUCUCAGAAAUCCUGGAAGACUAAAUAGAAGUCAGUAUUUGGGUACUACCUAAAAUUACUAGGAUCCCUUGGAAGUUCAUUUGAGAUGUGUCGUAAUAAAAGAGAGAACAACGUUCCCUCCGUUAUAUACUAGAUUAAUUUAUUUUUUUUAGUAAUGCAUUGAAAUGGUCCUACAGGAAGAGGGUAUUUUUUAUAAGUAUCAGUUAAUACAAAUAAAGUCAAGCAGGUAUGAUUAGGACUUUGAUAAUAAAACCAAAUGACUUGCAAUCAUAUAUUUCAGACAGUGAGAACGAAAACUCUUUGCACAUAUGCGUAUUUAAUUCAUAGUUUUUAUUCAUAUUUUAUCUCCUUUGGAGUCCAGUAUUCAUCUUUCAAAACACACAUGUUAAUAAUCAAAAUAUUAUUCUUCUAAAGAUUUUUGCCUGAAAUGCCAACCAGAAGAGACAUAUGUUUUUAGAGACUGUGUUACAGCUUAACAAAUACAGACCAAACAACUUAGAGUUGGACUGGUCUUGCUAAUUUUGUAUUUAAUUAAAUGGAGAGCCUUGUGGAAGUGAAUGUUAACUGGUACCAGCAAUGCAGAUUGGUUAGUUUUGGGUUUUGUAUGAUUUUAUUCUCUUCUGCAGUUCAAGUAAAAGAAAGGGAGUAAAACCCUGGCAAGAGACAUGAAAUAAAAAUCACACGUUGCACAGAAAAGCUGUCCAGGGGACAGAACACCACAGUGUCGCUCAUUAGAUGCUAAAAUAGCUGUUACUCAACUUGGUACAGUGAGCACAUUACUGUGCUGUGAAAAAAACAAAGCAAGAUCAUUUCUAAAAAGUGCAGGAUGCUUGUAGUUGUUGUUUUGGUUUGCCUUUUGGAGUGCUUUUUCCUUUCCAUGGUGAUAAGGGCAAAACUGCGGUUUUCAGGCACUUUCUAAGGUGGGGCGUGAGAAGCAGCAGCAGAGCUGGGGAUGAGUUGCUCCAGGUGUGUCUUUUCUGCAAGGAGUAUGACAUCCCACUGAGGAUUGUUGGGCUGAGAGACCUUGUGGGUUUUUGCAUGCUGGUGGUCUCGCUGCUCCAUUAUGCAACUGGACUUUCUGGCUGGUGUAAAAGGGGGAAGAUAUGAGCCUCACUGAGGUUUUAGAUCUGCUAAGAAAGGAAAGUUUUUAGGGCUAAUCAACCCCUUGUUGUAAUCAAGAGGAUACCUUCUUGUAAUAGCAGCUAGCAAUACAUGCCCACGGAUGCUGUUUCUUUGAAAUGUCUUGUUUUAUGAAGACUGAUGUGUAUGCCAGUAGGAUUCUGCAUAGAAAUUCAUGAUUUGCCAAGUGUGCUUUAGCUCCAGAAAUGUCAUGGUUAAGAUAUACAUGACAUGAUCAAACAGGGAAAGGCCUCUUGGUUUGCUCCCCCUCAACCUGUCAGAUUUGGGCUUUUUUUGUUUUUUCUUUUGUUGAGCAAUAUUUAAAAGCAAACAAAAACCCCAAGAUAAUUCCUUAAUAUCUACAGCCUGAAACACUUCCAGAGUCCUGAUUCUUACCUUCUUUAUUUUGGGAAAAACUGCUGUUGGAUUCUUGGCACUAAGAACAGAAGGAUCUGAAGCCACGUUAUUAUACUACUAGUGGAAGUAAUCCAUAUUCUUCUUGUGGGAUCUUUCCUGUCAGAUAAAAGGAUACAUCUGCAGCUGCUUUGCUUGGCAGAACGGAGCGAUGGGACAUCAGCACCUGAGAUAACACAGUUUUUGCUGGCCUCUGCAUGUACAAAUUUUACUUUGCAUUUCCUUUCUUACUUUAUCCACAUGUUGUGCCGCAUUUUCCAUUUUGCAGCUGUAGAAGCUUAUGCUCUGAAAUUGAAUGAGAUUGUUCCUUUUGGUUCCUUGCUCCAGGCUGAACUCUUUGCAUCUAGAGCUUGUCUCAAAGUGAAAUUGCCUUGAAAUAAUAAGCAGGGAUUUUACAGCUGACUUAAAGUUGAAAGAAGCUUGAUUGGGAGCCUCUUUUGCUCGCUUCUAUGUUAGGUUAGAAACAGAGCUUUCUGCAAAGUGAAAUUAUAUGGCCUAAAUGGCCAGUUUGUAUCCUCUUGUUCUUGUCUUUGUGUUAGCCUUUGGCUUUAGUAGCUCUUCUGCUACAGUUGUGUUUAGGGUUCUUCCAGGGAGGCACAAAUUCAGGCUCUGGUUUGCUAGGCUGAAUGAGCUGUGCUCUUUCAGAGUCUCAAAAUAACUUAGUUUGGAAGGAACUCCUAGAGGUUGUCAAGUUCAGCUCCUUGCUCAAAGCAAGUGUAACUAAAUAAGGUUGUUUAGGCCCUUGUUUGGUCAACUGCUUAGACUCUCCAAGGAUGGAGAUCACACAGGUCUCUGUAGUUCCCUGCUGCAGUGUCUGACCACCCUUCAUGGUGGAAAACUUUAUUGCAUUUAAUUGGAAUCCCCUGCCAGUGCAUCUUCCAAGAAGAGUCUGUCUUCUCUAUACCCUAUUGCUAGGAAGGGUAUAGACUGGCAAGAUUUCUCAUCAACCUUCGUUUCUUAAGGUUGGACAAAUUUAUUUUUCUCAGCAGUUCCUCAUGUAUUGUGAGGAACUCUGACUUGGUGACCUUCCAGAGGACUCAGUCUAGUGUGUCAGUGGACUUGUACUGGCUAUCUGAGGACUGGGUCCUCUCUUCAACACAUUCAUUCCCUGGUAAUGUUAGCAGGUCUUUUCUGCAACUGGUUCAUUCUUCAAGAUGGCCAGACCUGUUCAUAUAUUCUCAGUGGUGUCUCACUGGGGUAUUAAUGUAAUUAUUAUUAAUUACAAUAGUAUAAUACUUUCUUUCCUAGAGAUACCUUGCAUUAUGUCCAAGACUACACUGAAGUCUGCUCAUGCCAAUGUCAUAUCAGUAGUUGAUAAUAAUUUUGGUGCUGGCCACUGCUUCCAGCUCUUUCCCCUUUAUUUUCAGCUGCUGAACUCCCACCUUGCAGUGGAAAUUCUUAUCUUCAAGGCAUUUGAUGUUUUGAAUUAAAAAUUUAUUAAAUUAACCUGGAAUGCUUUAGGCAACUAAACUCCUGGCUCCCAUGGGACAGUCCAUCGUUCUUGUGAGGGAGUCUGGAAAGGGAUUUCUUGGCUUGAAAACCAAAACCCUCCUGUGAAAAGCAUGUGCAGAGCCAGGUGGGAAUUGAGGCUGAUCUCUAUCACGUGCAUAGUCUGAUUCAGAGGCAGAAGGUUUGGAUACUACUCUGAUCCUGUCAGUCUGGCUCUGAGAGAGAGAAAGCAGGGGGAGGGAGGAAGGAUACCAAAACUGGGAGACAGGAGAUGAGCCAGCUCAACCUCUCUGGCCUGACUUCAUACGCAGGAAAAAGUGUUUUUUCUUUUUCAUUUUUAAUGCAGACAAAAAAUGGUUUGGCUCCCAGGUGAUUAUUCUGAAUGCUGAUAUACUAAAGAAUGGGAGACUGUGCUGGAAAGCUGUGAUCUAGGUAGAGACACCGUCCAAGUUAACUGUCUCUGCACAAGACACAGUGAUGUGCUGGGGAAGAAGUAAUUGCAAUCCCUGGUAGAGACCGCAGGUCUGUGGAGUUGGUGAAGUUCUGUAUGUGUAGAUAUCAGGGUCCCACUGAAGGAUACAGAGCAAAGACUCAUGUCCUUUGUCUUGGCUAUUCGACAUGUGCCAUGAGUCCUGCUUUUCUAGCUUAUCUGGUAAGGCAUGUUCCUAUACCCAUCUUGUGUAAGUGGUUAGGGUUUGUGGAUGAAGCCUGACCCAUUCAUUUAAUAUCUAAUUUCACUCUUUCUUAAUGCUAAACAAUGUGAGAAACAUUUAAAAAAAAAAAAAAGAAAAAAGUUAUUUUGAAAAACAUACAAACAUUUACUUUAUGUAGUUAUUUUUGGUAUGAAGUUAAAUAUUUCUUUUUCCUGUUACAUGCUUAAGGAAACCACGACAAUGCUCUUAGCUGAUCUUCAGAAUAUUUAGUGCUAUUAUAGACAUAGUAGCCACUGAAGUGCAUUGAAAUAAGAAGGUUUCGUCACUGCCUAUAGACUACCGUUCUCCCAUUUUAUUUAAUCUAGGAUCCCACUGAUCUCAUGGAGGCUUUAACUGUAGAAAACUACCUGUCAAAGUGAGAAAUUACUUGAAAGUCAGCAGGAUGCUUCACCUGAGUUGAAAAUAAGAAUGUGGCAACUAUUUGCAUGCAAGUCAUAAAUUUAUUUCAUAUUUUGUGUAAAGAUAAUAUUCUGAGAAACCCCUGUAGGGGUUGAAGCUCCAGAGAUGCAUGCUCUAGCCCAGCUUCUGUCAUUAGCCUGCUGAAAAUCCUUAAUUCAGUCUUUUUUUGUCACUUUGUUUCCUAAACUGCUGUGGGAUUUUGGACACAUAUCGCAUGAGAGUAAUUAAGAGUACUCCACACAACUUCUGUGUAAUACCAGUCACAGGGAGCCCAUUUCUGUGGUUAUCAGGCUUUUCUCCCACCCCAUCUGUACAUGAUGGUUUCCAUUUUCAGCAGGCAAAGUCAAGAAACAGCAGAGCUGUAAGAGUACGUUUUACAGCACAAGCUCCUGUGAUCAGUUAUCCAGCUGCCCCAUGGCUGCUGUUGCAGGGCCCUUGCUGGGCUCCCCGUGCCCGGUCCAUAUCCUCCCGUGAGCAGCCUGCACUCCAGGUAGUGCUCUGCCACGUGGGUUGCACAGGGUGCUCUGAGAACAGACACAAGCUCUCUUAGCCUGCUCCAUUUUUCAGUGCCACGUGUAGCACUGUGCUGUACCGGCAGCCUUCAGGUGGUCAAUUCUUAGUUUAUAAAGGUAAGUCUGUGCCUAACUUGUCAUCCAGUGUGAACCAUGCAAUAUUUCGAGAGGUUAGAUAGAAAACUGCGAUUCUCAUUCUACAGCCCUUCCUUUGGGCUGUCUCCCUAGCCAUGGUGGAGAAUGCCUGACUCGGUUUUAAAGGUUGUGGAUAGUGCAGUUACUUGUUGUUGUUACCGUAAAGAGAAUAUUUUAUAAACAUGGUCAUUUAAUUUAUAAACAUUUAACCUACUGAGCUCGGUCUGGUGGUGAAUUUGUCUUUCAUGUACUACUCCCUAGAGGGUGCCAUACACUUACUUUCUCAGUCCUUCUCUUUGCUCUGCAACCAGGUGACAUUGCAAGGGUUUUGUGGCAGUGCUGGGAAGGUGGCUCCCGAAUGUUGCUCUAGUGUAAGCAUUGCUUGCUGCUCUAAGGUACGACAAAGGGAAAUGAGAUAAUCAAAUAGGAAAUGCUGCUUUCCCAGGCCACUAUGGAGCACCUGUUGCAACUAAAGAUGUAUAAAGCCUGUGAACUUCUGACUCUCUCAGUCACCUUUGGCAAGGACCCUUGGGCCCACUCUGCUGUUUGAGACCUCAGUGUUUCUGAUAUUUAACUGCUUUGAAGCAACACUUUGAAAUAUGAUGCAAGAAUGUUUUUAAAUUACUGUAAGAGGGUAUGUUAUGAGUGGAAGACAGAGAUGCUGUUUAUGGCUUUUAUUAUAGCAACUGUGAGUGCUUAAGCUUUCUUUGAAAUAAGAGUGUGAUCACCAUAUAUGUUUUUGGUUUUGUUUUUGUGUUUUUUUUCCUCAAAAUGUGUGAUGGCAGUGGUUCAGCCUAGCACUGAACAGCCUCCUCUGUCACCAAGCUAGCUGCCCUGAACACUACCUUUUGGAGUACUUCACCCAUCUGAUCGAGGUCUUGAUGCUGGUUCUUCAGAGGCUGGUUAGGAUUCCACUGCUUGUUUUGAAGCUGCAGAGCAUGAACAGAGACUUUCAGACUUGGCUACACUUUUUUCCCCUCUGUUUUCCUUGCAAAUGUCUUCAAGCCUUUAUGAAAACAAAUACUGGAGACAAAGACCUUUGAUGUAUCUGAGGAAAAAUCCCUUUGCUAAGAAGAUAAUGUCUAUCAGCUCAUUUUGUUUUGGAAGCGUGAUGUGGGUGAUAGAUCAUACGGUGCUGAGAGAUGACACAGUAGCUCACCAAAAUGUGAGUGAUCCUCAUCUGCAUCAAGAUAGAGACUGUAAUUCUUUUGUUGCAUCUUGCUUCAGAUACUUCUCUUCUACUUGUAUAGGCUAGACCUCAACAGAAGUUUUAUAAUAACUGUGGGUCUGUAUGUGGAACUGUGAGUUGCUUAUGUGUUGUUGAGAGCUGCUCAUCAUUUGUACCACGAUGAUGUAUGUGGAAUAGUAACUCAUGUAGGUUAGCCUUGAAAAACUGAAAGACUCACUCUACUCUUUCCAAGAGAACAAUUUGUGCUUUUAAACAGUUGGGGCUCGCAGUGGGGUCUGACUCCAGAAGUGCUCAGCCAAAUGCUGUGUCUGUGUGUACCAGUAUAUCACCUGGACUGGGACCAUCCCCAGCGAUCUCUGAGCUAUGUGAGGUAAAUAGCUCACCUGAUAUAUUUUUGCAUUAUCUCCAAAGGAUUUUCAGUGAAUGGACAUUGUUUUGCCAGUUUAUUAACCACUUAGAGUUUAGGUAAAUGGUCCCAUGACUUGGCUUCAGAGUGCCAAUAAGUUGCUGUCUGUGACAGUAUCUUUGUAUAAACCUGCUUUAUACCAGUCAGUACCUUGCUCGACUGGGUAUUUGGGCAUCCUUUGGUAAGUCAGAAUGGUGGCAUGAGCAUUAUAAUCUGUAACAAUGCUGUUCUUGUUAUUUGUACUGUUACGCUCUCUUUAGUUCCUGUUAAUGGCUUGGGGCUUUUGUGGACCAGACUGAGCAGACUGUCAGUAAUUUCCAGGGACAUUCCUAUUUUUGUGGAUGACUCCUGCAAUCACCUGUUGUUGCUGUUUUAGGAUUGUCACACUUCAAGAGCUUCUGCGUAACUUCUAGGUGUGGGUCAUGCACACAUAUGCUAGAGAUGGGGCUUGUUUUCUGGAGAAUUUAAAGGGAAAAAAAAAAAUGUAUGCCAUCUUGACAGCUGAGCAGGUGUGGGCAAUGGGUUCUUCUAACCUGCAGCCAUCCUUCUUGCCUGAGGAGAAUGCAGCCUGCUCUGGGGCUGGAAGGAAGGAUCAGUGUUUCAUUUGGAAAGUCAUCCUCUCAUUAAAGGAUCUCCUUCAAGGGCUGCCUUUCUGUCAUCAUGUUUAAAGCCUUCAGCGAAGACCAGUGUAGCAAUAGGUUAUAUACUGUUUAUUCAGAUGACAUUAAUUCAAAUGACAAAAGAGAAAGGAAAAUUAAUAAAGAAAGCUGUGGGAAUGAAACAAACUUUUAAUGUCGUAUGCUGAAGAGGUAUGAAAUAGCAUCUUUAUGGUAGCAUCUUUAGAAAGUCUCAGGGCCUGCCGAAACAGCAAUGCAGGAAUAUUGUGGAAGAGAAAUAACCUAGUGCUUGGAAUACAACGGGUUUACUCUCUGCUGCAGAGCUCUUGCCAGGGACAGUUUACCUUUCCAGAACCUGGCUGCCCAUUUGCAGAGCUGGCAUCCCUUUCGUGUGGAAGCUGAGGCUGGAUGACGGAUAGCUGUUAGCUUGAGGAUCCAGUGCCUUUGAACUCUGCUUUCUUAUCCUGUACUUUAUAAGACAUGGCAAGUGUGACCUGACCCACUUCUGCUCUUGCACAGCUUUGCUGCUGCACAGACCCAGCCCUUGGAGCUGGCAAGGACCCGAUCACUGAAGUCAUCUGGGUUAAAACAACUGUCGUGCCUCUCCAGUUCUUUUUUAUUGAGGUACCUGUAGUGGUCUGCUUCCCAGCCUGUUCCUGUAAACCAUCAUGCAGGUGUUACACACCUGAUUCGCAUAGCUAAAUGGUGGUUAAGAGUGGAGUGAGAGUGGGCAGCGGAUGGCUUCCAGUGUGGAUAUUCCUUAGCUCAGCGUUGUUGCCAAAGUCUUCGUAAUGGGGAAUUAAGGACUUGCUUGCACAAAGAAGUAUUUUGCAUCCCAGGGGAUUUCACUGAAUUCACUUUCUGGAUUAAAGUGCUAAUUAACACAAAAUAAUGCUUGGUGCUGCACUGUAAGAGUAACUAACAAUGUUGAUGGUUGGCGUAUAAGCGUAAUGUAUGCUGAUGAGAUCGCUCCAUUUGAAAAACAAUGCUGUGGAUACUGGGUGUGUGUGUCCAGGCAUUUUUAAUGGAUUGGGAGGUUUCCUUUCCAAUGAUAGCUCAUGCUUCUGUGAGAUUUCCUUAAAAUAGAAGGGUUUUUUAGCUCUUCAGUGGUUUCUUUUCCCCUGUGCAUUAGCUGUUUUUUUCUUCAGUUCUUGAAUUUUGAUCAAGGCUUGGAGGCUACUUUUAGCUGGCUUUGGCUUGUUAUUUGACUAGGGUUUGGACUGAGUGUCAUUUUUCUCUCCUAAGAGAUAAACUGCCAAGAUUGUGUCAUUUCUCUUUGUAUCUAGUAAUAGCUUAAUCCACAAAUAAUUGUAAUGAAGUCACUUGGGCUGCUGGAAGAGAAUCAUUUGAUCCAAAGACCACUGAAAUGAAUGCGAUUCUUCACACAGUGAAGCAAAGCUUUGGUUCAAGCCCUAGGGUGCUAUUCCAUGUAUGCGUGUGUGUGUGUGACAGUGUUGGUCUGUGCUAUGGAAACCAAAUUUCAUAAAAAUCCCUGCCAGCUCUCCCAGCUGAACACUGGUGAGUAAAAGAAGAUGCUGUACAGACAGGAGAUGCGUUAGCAGCCCCCAAGGUAGCAGAGCAGUUGCCAUAACAGCCAGCAACAGACGUUAUCCAGGCCCAUAUUGCUGCUGCUGGAAUUGAAGCAGGAAUGUAAGUGUCCCAGCUGCCAAGUGCAUCUUCUGUGUGGCCAAGGUAUCAGUAGCAGUUCUGCAGCAGGCAGGGGACCGAAAAUAUAAACAAUGGCAGCAAGAGGCAGCAGGAUUGCUGGUUUGGUGCAGAAAUUACCCAGCUGUGCCAUCAUGCUCUUAUAGUUGCAUUAGACAAGUCAAACGUGCAGGCAGGAUGCGAGGUCCCUCUGUGGGGUCUGCUGCUGGGUGGGCAGCAUGUCAUGCCUGGUGGGAACUGGGGGGAAGAGCUGUGGCUGAGCUGGUGCAGCCCCUGCCAAGGCUGCUGACUGCUUUCUGCAUGCACUUGAAGCAUCUCACUCUAAAGAAACAAAGGCAAGAAAUGAUGACAAUGAGUUUGUUGCUUUUAAAGGACAAAAUUAAAGGGUUUAGCUUUUCUGGCAAAGGCUUUAAUUAAAAUUAUGAUGUCUUGCCAGAUCACUGAGCAAUUAAACCCUAAUCAAGCCCAGAAGAAAGUAUUUCCAUGAAAUGUUUUCAGUGCAAUUCCUGAUUUAGAUUGUGAGGAGGAGUAUUAUAUACAAAGAUCUCAUUAACAGACAUUAUAAGGUUGCUUGUGCCCUCAUGAGAAUUGAUGACAAAACUCUCAUGGCCUUCAUUAGAAAUCAGAGCCUUUUGAUGCAAGGUAAAUAUGGUUUUGGGUGCACACAUAACAAAGUUAUACAUAUUAGCUUAAAAGCAGCUUAUCUGGAAACCCUAUUGGAAAUUCUUAGUUUUCCUAAUGUAUAAGAGAAGUCUAUUUUCUGUUGAUAUUUUUAGUGCUAACUUCCUCUCAAGUGCUAUUAUGUUACGCUCUCUGCCAUCAGUGCUCACUGUGUUUCCAGGUCAGCCAUGUGAUUGCUGAGCAUCCCUGCCUGCCUUCUGAAUGACUUCUCAGGCAGGAGCCAGAAAGGCAAGUUGUUACUGCUGGCUGCCGGCAGCUGCUUCCCCCUGCUUGAGACCCAAAUGAUAAAACACUGAAACGUGUUCCUCUUACCCUUCUUGAAAGCUCAUCGGUAUUUGGUUUGGUGUGAGACCCUGUCAGCAGAGACCCUUCUCAACACAGGCCUCCUGUGCAGAUAUAAAAAUGUAUUACUCUGCAGAAGGCACACGUGUGUGGGAACACACAACAACUACACUAUUGAAAGGCGUUCCAGGGCUGUACACUGCUGUUUCUCAUUGAGCCACGGCAAUUUUAGCAUGAGCUGGAUGAAGCGGUCCAGAUUUCUGCAUUUCUCUUUUUUACCACUUGUUACAUUUACAACUUAAAUGAGCUUGCUGUGCUUCAGAAAAUUGCAAGAGGUGAAAAGAUUAAAGCCCAAAUCCCUCAGUGGGCUUAAAUACGUCUUUUCUGGUUUUCUUUUUUUUUUUUUUCUUGUGGCAAAACACCCUAGGGCAAAGUAUUUUAAAAACAGCAGUGCUGAUAAUGAGAGCUAAUAGCUUUCCAGAUGUUUGCUAUUUUGCUACAUAUGACUUUUUUAAAAAGGUAUUUAAAGUGAUCCUUCCAGUUGUUGUGGAUGCCUCUGUGUGUGUGUGUUUAAUGAACAGCUGGCUCUUUUGAACUAGGAAUUUUAAUACCUUCAGUUCCAUGACACUGGAAUCGGAGGAGGCGGCUGAUUGUACAAGAGAGAGAGCACAUUUUCUCAUGAGAAUUCAGAAGCAGAGAGGGAGGGCAAGAGAAAAAAGCAUCGUAAUAGUGCGCGUGUUUCGGUUUCAGUGGAUCAAAUCUUUCCUCUAUCUGCAUCCAAGCUAUUUGGUUGUGAUCAGAUGAUCAGAGCUCAAGGAAGCGAUUGGAGAGCGGGCUGGCUGCAGCUGCACUGUAGGCUGUUUUCAGGGACAAGGAGCCACUGUUUUUCAAACAUAGCAUAAACAUAGAAGUUAUUUUGUAGGCUUCAGGAUGCAGACAUGGGUUGUGCUGCCAGCAUUGUUCUGCUCCAAGCCUUUCGUUCUGUGGUACAGAGGAACUGUCCACAUAUCUGCAGGCGACGACGACAAGAGGAGUUGUCACAUGAAAUUCUGCCGCUGGAUAGCGAUGAUGAAAUGAGCAGACCCAGGACUCUCAUCAUAAUGCAGGAAAAACCCAAACUCUUAGAGCCUUUGGAUUAUGAAGCUGUCAUCACAGAGAUUGAAAAAAAUAUUGAGGAUAACCAAUUUAAGGAUCUGAUAUUAUUCCCCGAUGAUGACUUUUCAACAGACACAAUUUCCCUGGAAAUCAGGACGCUGUAUCCUUCUGUACCUGAAGAUGCAGAAGAAAAAGCAGAAAAUUUAUUUGUGAAAGAGUGUGAGGACAUCAGAUCCAUGAUCUCCUAUCUCAUCCUUCUGGAUAUUUCAUGGUGUUCCCUUGGUCUUGUCUAUAAGGCUUGUAAAUACUACAGUUCCCAGUGGCAUGUUGUGAACUACAAAUAUGAACAGUAUUCAGAAGACUUUCGACACUUACCACACAAUGAAUGCAGACCAGAGAAACUGCCAUCACAUUCCUUUGAAAUCGAUCACGAAGAUGUGGAUAAGGAUGAGGAUACAACAUCCCACUCAUCUUCAAAAGGUGGUGGUGGUGGUGGAGGAGGAGGAUUAGCAGCAGGAGUUUACAAGUCUGGAUGGCUUUAUAAAGGGAAUUUCAACAGCACUGUGAACAAUAGCAUUACUGUUCGGUCAUUCAAGAAGCGUUACUUCCAGCUGACACAGUUGUCGGAUAACUCAUAUAUUAUGAAUUUUUAUAAAGAUGAAAAAAUAUCAAAGGAGCCAAAGGGAUGUAUUUUCUUGGAUUCUUGCACAGGAGUUGUACAGAAUAACAGGCUUAGGAAACAUGCCUUUGAGUUGAAAAUGAAUGACCUCACAUACUUUGUGCUGGCAGCUGAAAAUGAGCAGGAUAUGGAUGACUGGAUUUUCACUCUCAACAAAAUCCUGCAAAUAAAUCCAGAGGGAACCAUUCAGGAGAGGAAAAGUGCAGAUCUCACUGAUCUGAAACUUGACCCUGCAGAAGUUUCAAUGAAUUAUGAUUGCUCUCAAGAUGAGACUGAUUCUUCAGAGAACGCCUGGCACCCAGACUUUGCAAAAUACAUCACAGAAACAGAAGAAACAGUGAAAGCCUCUCGAAAUACAGAGCGACUAAAUCUUUUCUCUUUGGAUCCUGAUAUAGCAUCAUUGAAUCCUCAGAAAAAGGAGUUUCCAGGGACAAACUCAGUGGUCAAACCAUUUGAAGAAAAGCCUGCAAAGAGGAUCCUGAUAACUUGCAAAUCCCUCAGUUUGAAUCUCCAGGCCUGUGUUACUGAAAAUGAAAAUGAUCCUUCAACCAAUGUAGAGCCUUUCUUUGUGAGUGUGGCCCUGUAUGACAUCAGAGACGGCAGGAAGAUCUCUGCUGAUUUUCAUGUGGAUUUGAACCACACGCUGGUUAGACAGAUGAUUUCAGGUUCUUCAUUUUCAUUAGAAAAUGGCACUGUUGAAAAUACAGACUCAAAUGAAAUGGAAGAACCACAGGUCAAGGGGUUCCCAGAAGAAUGGCUGAAAUACCCAAAACAGGCUCUCUUCUCCAUAAGUAAUCCUCAUUCUGAGAUUGUAUUGGUGGCAAAAAUAGAAAAGGUGCUUACAGGAAACAUUGCCAGCAGUGCUGAACCUUACAUUAAGAAUCCUGAUUCUUUUAAGUGUGCACAGAAAGUAUUAAAAUCCAAUAAACAGUUCUGCAGCAAGCUGGGGAAAUACCGUAUGCCAUUUGCUUGGUCAGUGAGACCAGUGUUUAAAGAUAAUCAGGGAAAUGUUGACAGAGACUCCCGAUUCUCACCUUUAUUCAGGCAAGAAAGUAAUAAGAUUUCCAUGGAAGAUUUGAUUAAACUAAUAACAGAGUACAGAAGGGCAGAGAAGAUUAGCAAAAUACAGACUAUACCUGGCUGUUUGGACAUUGCAGUUGAUUGUGUUCCUUUGGAACAUCCAAACUGUGUAACUUCGUCUUUUAUUCCAAUCAAGCCAUUUAAUGACAUAAAGGAGCAUCAACCUACAGUGGAAGUUGAGGAGUUUGUACAGGAAUCAACAAAAUAUUCUCGACCUUACAGAGUAUACAAGAACCAAAUAUACAUAUAUCCAAAACACCUCAAGUAUGAUAGCCAAAAAUACUUUAACAAGGCACGGAAUAUAACAGUGUGCAUUGAAUUUAAAAGCUCUGAUGAAGAAGGAGCAAAGCCACUGAAGUGUAUUUAUGGAAAGCCAGGUGGACCGUUAUUUACAACAGCAGCCUACACCGCUGUGCUACAUCAUUCCCAGAAUCCUGAUUUCUAUGAUGAGGUGAAAAUUGAACUUCCCACUCAACUCCAUAAGAAACACCACAUUCUGUUUUCAUUUUAUCAUGUCACCUGUGACAUAAAUGCAAAAGCUAAUGCCAAAAAGAAAGAGGCUCUGGAAACACCAGUGGGAUAUGCGUGGCUUCCUUUGUUGAAAGAUGCCCAGUUGGCUUCCCAAGAGCACAAUGUGGCAGUGGCAAGCAGCCUGCCUCCCAGUUACCUCAGCCUUCCAGAACCAACUAGUGGAAAGCAGAUCGGCUGUGAUGUAAAAUGGGUAGAUAGUGGGAAACCACUUUUCAAAGUCUCUACUUUUGUUGUAUCGACAGUAAAUACUCAGGAUCCAUACCUGAAUAACUUUUUCCAUCAGUGCCAAGAAAGGGAAAAGGAUCUAUCCCAGCCUCCUACCUCAAACUUUAUCAAUUCUUGUAAGAAUUUGCUGAGGAUCGAGAAGAUCCAUGUAAUUAUGAAUUUUCUUCCUGUAGUCCUGAAUCAACUCUUCUGGGUUUUGGUGCAAAACAGUGAUGAUGAAGUUACAACAGCUGUGACCAGGGUUCUUACUAACAUUGUUGCUAAGUGCCAUGAAGAACAACUAGAAAACUGCAUCAAUUCUUAUGUGACGUACGUGUUCAGGACCAAAUCAUUUGAAGAAAGGACUGUUCAUGAGGAGCUGGUCAAGAAUAUGACUGGUCUUCUGAGGUUAAAUGACCAAGUAACAAUGAAACAGGUUUUGAAGCAUUCCUGGUUCUUCUUUGCUGUUAUCUUAAAAUCAAUGGCACAGCACUUGGUUGAUACAAACAAAACAAAGGUUUCUCGAACUCGGAGAUUUCCAGAGUCAUUUCAUACUGAGCUGGAUACGCUUGUGAUGGUCUUAGCAGACCAUGUUGUUUGGAAGUAUAAAGAUUCUCUUGAAGAAACCAGGAAUGCAAACUAUAGCACUGCCAAAUUUCUGAAGCGCUGUUUUACAUUUAUGGAUCGUGGAUUUGUGUUCAAGAUGGUCAACAAUUAUAUAAGUAUGUUUGGAACAGGAGAUAGCAAGACUUUACAUCAGUUCAAAUUUGACUUUCUCCAAGAAGUCUGUCACCACGAGCACUUUAUCCCUCUGUGCCUGCCCAUACGAUCUUCAAACAUUCCUGACCCUGUGACGCCUUCAGAAUCAACACAGGAAUAUCGAACAUCAGAUAUUCCAGAGUACACACUGACCAAUGAAUUUUGCCGUAAACAUUUUCUAAUUGGAGUUCUACUGCGGGAGGUUGGUUUUGCCUUGCAAGAAGACCAGGAUAUUAGGCACUUAGCUUUGGCUGUGCUUAAAAACUUAAUGGCAAAACAUUCAUUUGAUGAUCGAUAUGCAGAACCGGCAAAACAGGCACAAAUAGCAAACCUGUACAUGCCACUCUAUGGAAUGCUUUUGGACAACAUGCCAAGGAUUUACAUGAAGGAUAUGUUCCUUUUUAACAUCAAUACUUCCAAUCAGGGAUCUAGGGAUGACUUGAGCACAACUGGAGGAUUUCAGAGCCAGACAGCAAUGAAACAUGCCAACUCUGUGGACACGUCCUUUUCCAAAGAUGUUCUAAACUCUAUAGCAGCCUUUUCAUCAAUAGCUAUCUCUGCAGCAAACCAUGCUGACUCCAGAGCUUCCUUAGCAAGUCUUGAAUCUAACCCAAGUACCAAUGAAAAAAACAGUGAGAGAACUGACACGUGUGAAAAGAUCAUGAGACCUUUGUCUUUAAUUGGAUCAACGCUUCGUUUUGACAAGUUAGAUCAAGCUGAAACCAGAAGCCUUCUUAUGUGUUUCCUUCAUAUUAUGAAAACCAUUUCAGAAGAUGCACUGAUUUCCUACUGGUUGCGAGCACCAUUCUCAGAAAUAACGGACUUCUUCAGCAUUUUAGAGGUCUGUCUGCAAAAUUUCAGAUAUCUAGGAAAACGCAAUAUUGUAAGGAAAAUUGCUGCUGCUUUUAAGUUUGUUCAGGCCACCCAGAAUAAUGGAACCCUCAAAGGUUCAAACUCCUCUGGCCAGGCAUCGGGUCUGCUCUCGCAAUGGAUGCAUUCUACUUCUAGUCACGAUGGCCACAAGCAUCACAGAUCUCAAACAUUACCAAUAAUCCGUGGCAAAAAUGCACUUUCUAACCCCAAACUCUUGCAGAUGAUAGACAGCAGCACUGCAAGCAGCUCCAAUGAAACAGACAUUGUACAGUAUGUCGACACGGAGGCAAACAUUGCUACAGAAGUUUCCCUCACAAUCCUUGACCUGUUGUGUCUUUACACUCUGAAUCACCAGAGGCAGCUUCAGCAAUCUGAUUGCCAGAAUGCAUUGAUGAAGAAAGUCUUUGACACACACAUGCUCUUUUUGCAAAUCAACCAGUCAGCAGCAGCUCUCAAGCACGUCUUUGCUGCCCUACGGCUGUUUGUAGGCAAGUUCCCCUCAGCGUUCUUCCAAGGACAAGCAGAUCUCUGCGGCUCACUCUGCUAUGAAAUCCUAAAGUGCUGUAAUCAUAGGUCACGUUCAACUCAGACAGAGGCAUCUGCUCUUCUUUAUUUUUUCAUGAGAAAGAACUUUGAAUUUAACAAGCAGAAAUCAAUAGUUAGAUCCCAUUUACAGCUCAUAAAAGCAGUGAGCCAGCUGAUAGCGGAUGCAGGGAUUGGCGGAUCUCGUUUUCAACAUUCACUUGCAAUUAUAAAUAAUUUUGCUAAUGGAGACAAGCAGAUGAAAAACGUUAAUUUCCCAGCAGAGGUGAAGGAUCUGACCAAACGCAUCAGAACGGUUUUAAUGGCCACAGCUCAGAUGAAGGAGCAUGAGAAGGACCCUGAGAUGCUUGUGGAUCUGCAGUACAGCCUAGCAAAUUCAUAUGCCAGCACACCUGAAUUACGGAGGACAUGGCUUGAAAGCAUGGCCAAGAUUCACGCAAGAAAUGGAGAUUUAUCAGAGGCUGCUAUGUGCUAUAUUCAUAUUGCUGCUCUCAUUGCAGAGUACCUGAAAAGGAAGGGUUACUGGAAAAUGGAAAAGAUUUGUACCUCACGUAUGCUCCUGGAAGAUGGUCAAGUCUCUGAUAGUAAUGUGUUACUAACAACUCACAAUGGAGGAAGCUUAUUUUCCAUGGGAUGGCCUGCCUUUCUGAGCAUCACCCCCAACAUUAAAGAAGAAGGUGCUAUGAAGGAAGAUUCUGGGAUGCAAGAUACUCCCUAUAAUGAGAAUGUUCUUGUGGAGCAGCUGGAGUUGUGUGUUGAAUACCUGUGGAAGUCUGAGAGAUAUGAGCUUAUUGCUGAGGUUAACAAGCCUAUCAUUGCUGUUUUUGAGAAGCAAAGGGACUUCAAAAGACUGUCUGAUUUGUACUAUGACAUCCACCGCUCAUACCUCAAGGUUGCAGAAGUAGUGAACUCUGAGAAACGCCUCUUUGGACGAUAUUACCGUGUUGCAUUUUAUGGGCAGGGCUUUUUUGAAGAAGAGGAGGGUAAAGAGUAUAUCUAUAAAGAACCCAAAUUAACUGGCUUGUCUGAGAUCUCUCAAAGGCUGAUGAAACUUUAUGCAGACAAGUUUGGAAUAGAGAACGUGAAGAUCAUCCAGGAUUCCAACAAGGUCAACCCGAAAGACCUGGAUCCAAAAUAUGCAUAUAUCCAGGUGACAUACGUCACACCUUUCUUUGAAGAGAAAGAAGCCGACGAUCGAAAGACUGACUUUGAAAUGCAUCACAACAUCAACCGUUUUGUGUUUGAAACACCUUUCACACUGUCAGGAAAGAAGCACGGAGGUGUCGAAGAGCAGUGCAAGAGGCGCACAAUCCUGACAACCAGCCACUUGUUUCCCUACGUGAAGAAGCGCAUUCAAGUCAUAAGCCAAACCAGCACAGAGCUGAACCCUAUUGAAGUAGCGAUUGAUGAGAUGUCCAAAAAAGUCUCCGAGCUCAAUCAGCUUUGCACAAUGGAGGAAGUGGACAUGAUCCGACUGCAGCUCAAACUCCAAGGAAGUGUCAGUGUCAAGGUAAAUGCUGGACCAAUGGCCUAUGCUCGAGCUUUUCUUGAAGAGACAAAUGCUAAGAAAUAUCCUGAUAAUCAAGUUAAGCUCCUGAAGGAAAUCUUCAGGCAAUUUGCAGAAGCAUGCGGACAUGCUCUUGAUGUCAAUGAACGCCUUAUUAAGGAGGAUCAGUUUGAAUAUCAGGGAGAGAUGAAGUCUCAUUAUAAGGAUAUGCUCAGCGAGCUUUCUGCAGUUAUGAAUGAACAGAUUGCGUACAAGGAGGACUCAGCAAAACAGCAAGGAAUGGAGCGCACUUAUUCACGAGUCAUCAAUAGAGCCAGCUCAGCUGUGCCAGCAGCAACCACUCCGGCAAAUCCUGAUGCUUGACGGCAGCGUGGGGAACACACGGCCUCGGGAAGAUCUUGAGAUCUUGGGUGGCUGUUUGUUUGUUUAUUUCAUUCUUUGUUUUUGUUUUUGUGUUCUUUUAGAUUAAUAGUACUGAAAAUUAAUUUGAUCACGGACAAUGCCAGGACAAGGAAUUGUGGGUUAUGAUUUUAAUUUAUUGGAAGUCUUCAUGGUAUUAUUUUUUAAAACUACAAGCUUGAUUUUUUUUUUUUAUUUUUUUUUACCUGCCCCUAUGCUUGCACAUUCCCUAUCUUUUUUUUUGUUGUUGUCAAUUUUUGGUUUUGAGCAGCCUUUAUUAAGCCAGGCUGAUUAUUAAAUACCCAUUGAACAGAUAGGUACACAGCAAACCCUAAGUUUGCUAUAAAUUAUAAUAUAUCUAAUACUAAGUCCUAGUAUACAUAUAUUUUAAAGGUCAGAGUGGAUGUUUUAUAACAUUUAAGUAUAUUGCAAUUGUAAAUAGAAGAUGUGUAAAAUAUGUCAUUUUUACAAAAUUUAAAAAAUAUCUUUUUAGUUAAUUAUGACAGUACUAAGAAUAUGGAUAACAUUUCAGUUACCAUUAUAUUAAAAUAUUUGUGUAUGUGUAUAAAAGCAUCCAUAAAAUUUUCUCUUUGAA